GAUUUAACGGAGGUCCAUUGCUCACGUCUGAUGACGUACUGUACGUAAACUUCAACAGCGUCGUGACGUCUUUCCUCCCUCCUUUCUUCUACUACCGGCGAGAAUGAAGACCAUUCUCAGCAGUCAGACAGUCGACAUCCCCGACAAUGUCGAGGUGAAGCUGAAGGGGCGUAAAGUGACUGUCAAGGGUCCCCGUGGCAAACUCAUCAGGGAGUUCAACCACAUCAACCUGGAGCUCAGUCUGCUGGGCAGGAAAAGUAAGAAGCUGCGUGUAGAAAAAUGGUGGGGAAACCGAAAGGAGUUGGCAACAGUGCGCACCAUCUGUAGCCAUGUCCAGAACAUGAUCAAGGGAGUCACUUUGGGUUUCCAGUACAAGAUGCGUUCUGUGUAUGCCCACUUCCCCAUCAACGUUGUCAUUCAGGAAAACGGCAAUCUGGUGGAGAUCAGGAAUUUCCUGGGUGAGAAGUACAUCCGUCGUGUCAGAAUGAGGGCAGGUGUGAUGUGCGCAGUCUCCGCAGCCCAGAAGGAUGAGCUGGUGCUUGAGGGCAACGAUAUUGAGCUGGUGUCUAAUUCAGCUGCACUCAUCCAGCAGGCCACCACAGUAAAAAAUAAGGAUAUCAGGAAGUUCUUGGAUGGUAUUUAUGUAUCCGAGAAGGGCACAGUUGUGGAACCGGAUCAGUAAAAUUUGCGCUCAAGUGCCCUUGUUGAAGUCGUCCCGAUGAAACAUCCGGAACGUCCUCAAGGCAUCCAUGUCUCCAGCCAAAUACUGAAUUGAUCAUGUUCUGUUUUGACCAAUAAAAAGUUGAAUUAA